AUGGACUCACAUAAUGCCAUAGUCCAGCAGGUUUCUGCGCGAGUGAAGAAGUUCCAUGAUGACAAGAAACCGUUUUAUAUAUAUCACGGCUUUACGAACAAUUUGACACGCCCUUCAAAAAAGUCCACAUCCAAUACCAUUGAUCCAAGUGGCCCCAAUCGUGUCCUCGGGAUAGACCGGACACGCAAGGUAGCACUAGUCGAGCGUAAUACUCCUAUAGACAUGCUUGUCAACGCAAUCCUCCCCCAUGGAUUCAUUCCACCGGUAGUGAUGGAGUAUCCCGGGAUAACAGUGGGUGGCGGACUCGCAGGGAGACCAGGAGAAAGUAGUUCGUACGAGUAUGGUUUCUUUGAUCGAACAAUUUCUUGGAUUGAGAUUGUGAUUGGGAACGGCGAGGUCCUGCAUGCAUUGCCAACAGAUAACUCCGAAUUGUUCAUCGGUGCUGCGUGUUCCUUUGGAACCCUUGGAAUCGCGACUCUACUGGAGCUGUAA